GCUUGUUGGUUGGAUAAAUAAUUUUAGUGCAAAAUGGGACCAUUGUUAAAUUUGUUAAUCUUUAUUACAACAUGUGUUAUAGUUUUAAAUUCACAUUCCGUAUGUGGGCAACAACGAAAUUUAAAAUUUGUUGAUUAUUUUCGAGGAUGUAAUAAACGUCAAUCCAAUUUUGAUAAUUGUGUCAAGGAUGCAUUAAAUGCUGUACGGCCAUUUUUUAAAACAGGUGUACCAGAGUAUAAUAUACCACCAUUUGAUCCAUUUUACGCUGACGAAGUUGUCCAAAUACGUGGUGGAAAUAAUUUAAAUUAUAAAUUAAAAUUGAAAAAUAUUACGGAAUCAGGAUGGACUUUGUCACAAGUUACAAGAUUUAGGAGUGAUUUUACAAAAAAUUUAAUACAAUAUACACAAAGUUUCCCAGAUAAACAUUUGUCUGGGGAAUAUGAAUUCGUUGGUACUAUGUUAGGUAGAAAAAUGUAUAAUAAAGGACACUGGAACCUUUCAUUAUACGAUCUGGUACAAACAACAACCAUUACAAGAAAACCAGUAAAAAUGUCCAGCGGUAAAAUUAAUUAUAAUACACCAUUAAAAGUAAAUGUAAAUGUUCAAACAAUUAAAAAUUUAAGCUUGCAUAUCAGUAAUUUAGUACGAGGUAUAAACUUUGUUGAAACUAUUCUGGACCGAAUAAUUAAUUCAACAUGGGAACCAGGUUUUGUGGUUACACGGCCAUUAAUUAAUGAUCUAGUCAGUACAGCAUUUACAGAAAUAUUUAAUAGAUCAUUUAAGGAUUUCGAUUUCAAUAUUUUAUUUCCCUAGACAAUCUACUGAAAGCUUAGCUUCGUGAAACAUCCUUGUUGUAAAUAAUUACUCAUUAUUUAAAAGUUGGCUACAGUCAACUUGCCUCCUAAAAUAAAAUAAAAAACACUGAAUUAAUGUAAAAUGUACCUACAUUACUUCAAACUUUGCGAUAUCAAAUAUCUGACGUCUUAUUUCAGUAAAUUUACAAAAUAUAAACAUAUUUCAGUCAAAUAAAUCCGUCAGAAACCAUGGAUCUAAAAUCAACGUCUCCAACGAUUACAAUGAUUUUUGAGAUAUUUUUUCUCUUUCAUAUGUAUGUAUUGUUGUAAAAAUGCUUAUUGUUGAUAUAUAAAACUAUUAGCAUAUGCGUCGUACUUAAAUAAAAACCAAA